AUGGUCAGCCCCGCGGACAUCCUCGCCACCCUCGGAUGCGUCUGGGCGGCCGCCGCGACGUCCUCCCCCGCGCCCCGCACGGCGCACAUCGACCUCUGGUGGCAGCCCGCGCCGUCCCUUCAAGACGCGCGAUCGGCGUGCGCGGCCACGACGAGGUGCACGGGGGUGUGGUGGAACGAGAGGGACUCGGUGUACCGCCGCCUGUCCGGCGCGGUCGCCGCGGUGGACGCCCGCGGCGCCCACGCGGACGCGUACAGCGUGCACAUAAACGCGUGCGACGUCGCCACCUUCCGCGAAGCCCUCGCCGCGUCCCACGCGGACGUCGCCUUCGUCGUGACGACGGUGCCGCGCAAGGGACGGGGACGACACAAGGGCAAGACCUACUUCGCCGCGCACUUGGACACCACGCUGGCGCAAACGCCGACGCUUCCCGUCAUCUACGUGCAGGGAGACAACGCGUCGAGCGACCAGGCGGAGCGGAUCAUCGGCGCGGCGCACGGCGUGGGCGACGGCGACGGCCGAGGCGCGACGGGUGACAUUCGGCCGAUCAUGUACGUCAGGCCGCCGCCGUGGCCCGAGGAGAAGUGGCGGCCGCCCCUGAAGAGGCACGGCAACCCGAAGUGGUUCGCGAGGGAGAACUGGCACUGGUCGUGGUCCGUGCUCUUCGCGCACUUCGCCGGCGCGGGUGUGGGGAAGGGCUGCGUCCAAUCGGGGGCGGCGCAUGGAUCGAAUGGAUCCGGCGCGAAAGAUUUAAGUUUAUUCGCGGCCCCCUCAGACGACGGCCCUCACCGCUGCGGCGUCAGGGUCGGGUUCAUCGAGGACGACGUCGUGCUCGCCGAGAACGUCAUGUCGGUGUUGGGUGACCUGCCGGUCGAACCCCCGGACGACGUCCUCGGUGUCUCGCUGUGGGACGCGGACGAUAAGCCCCUGUGGCACAGGUGCUUCAACUGCUACUCCAAGGCCAUCGUGUACCAGUGGGAGGAUGCGAGGACGCUCGGGACGCACGUGCGCGAGAACUUCUGGGCAAACCCGGUGGACUGGCUCGUGGACGACUUCGGAAGGGACACGCUGCGGCGUUACAACCGGUGUCUGGUGCCCAACUUGGCGGAGCACAUAGGGGACGUGAGCAGCAACGGCGUGGACCGGUCGUGGCAAAAAUCGCCAAACUUUGCGCCAGUCGCGCGAAGGGCCAGCUAUCGAAAGGUGCCGGUGCCGGACUACCCGGUGCGGGACUGA